GCGACGCCGACGCCCCAGCGCCCGCCCCACCCCACGGGGCUGUGCUCCCUGGCCGCCGAGGGGCUCUGGAGCCGGAAGAUGCUCUUCGAGGAGCAGGACCUGCGGCGGCACGGCCUGGACGGCGCCGAGGUCUCCUCCUUCCUCAACGUGAGCCUGUUCCAGCGGGACAUCCGCUGCGAGCGCCUCUACAGCUACAUCCACCUGAGCUUCCAGGAGUUCUUCGCCGCCGUGCACUACGCGCUGGACGGCGCGGACCGGGCGGCCUGCGCCGCCGGCCCCGAGCGCGGCCUGGCCCGGCUGCUGGCCGCGUACGGGCUGUCGGAGCGCAGCGCCCUGGCCCUCCCCGUGCGCUUCCUGUUCGGGCUCCUGCACCGCGAGGCCAGGGGCUACCUGGAGACGGCCCUGGGCUGGAGGGUGGCGCCGGGCGUCCGGGCGCAGCUGCUGGACUGGAUCGGCGCCCGGGCGCGGAGCGGGGGCCCCACGCUGCAGCAGGGCGCCCUGGAGCUGCUCGGCUGCCUCUACGAGAUCCAGGAGGAGGACUUCAUCCGCGCGGCCCUGAGCCACUUCCAGGUGGUCGUGGUGGGCAGCAUGGCCACCAGGAUGGAGCACGCGGUGGCCGCCUUCUGCCUCAGGCACUGCGCCAGCGCCCUGGUGCUGCACCUGCACGGGGCCGCCUACCGGGCGGAGGAGGAGGAGGAGGAGGAGGAGGAGGAGGAGGAGGAAGAGGAGGAGGAGGAGGAGGAGGAGGAGGAGGAGGAGGGGCACCAGGCGUCGGGGCCCCAGACGCCACCGGCACCAUCCCCGGAGAGAAACGUCCUGCCACACGCCUACAGCGAGCACCUGGCGGCGGCGCUGAGCACCAACCGGAACCUGAUCGAGCUGGCUCUCUUCCGCAACGCCCUGGGCGGCCGGGGGGUGGCGCUGCUGUGCCAGGGGCUCAGGCACCCCAGCUGCAGACUCCAGAACCUGAGGCUGAAGAGGUGCCGGGUGCCCAGCUCCGCCUGCCGGGACCUGGCCGCCGCGCUGACCGCCAACCGGCACCUGAUGAGGAUGGACCUGAGCGGCAACCCCCUGGGGCUGCCGGGCGUGCGGCUGCUGUGCGAGGGCCUGCGGCACCCCCAGUGCCGGCUGCAGAUGCUGCAGCUGCGGAAGUGCCAGCUGGAGGCGGGGGCCGGCGGGGAGCUGGCCGCGGUGCUCAGCGCCAGCCGCCACCUGGCGGAGCUGGACCUGACGGGCAACGCGCUGGGGGACACGGGGCUGCAGCUGCUGUGCGGGGGCCUGCGGAGCCCGGCCUGCCGGCUGCGCAUCCUGUGGUUGAAGAUCUGUCACCUCACGGCGGCCGCCUGCGAAGACCUGGCCUCCGCCCUCCCGGAGGCCCAGAGCCUGGCGGAGCUGGACCUCGGCCUGAACGACCUGGGGGACCCCGGGGCGCUGCUGCUGUGCGAGGGCCUGCGGCACCCCCAGUGCAAACUGCAGACCCUGCGGCUCGGCAUCUGCCGGCUGGGCCCCGCGGCCUGCGAGGGCCUGGCCGCCGCACUGCAGAGCAACCGCCACCUCCGAGAGCUGGACCUGAGCUUCAACGACCUGGGCGACCGGGGCCUCUGGUGGCUGUGCGAGGGGCUGCAGCAGCCGGCCUGCAGGCUGCAGAAGCUGUGGCUGGACAGCUGCGGCCUCACCGCCACAGCCUGCGGAGACCUGUCCGCCACGCUGGGCGUCAACCAGACGCUGCUGGAGCUCUACCUGACCCACAACGCGCUGGGCAGCGCGGGCGUGCGGCGCCUGUGCCGGCGGCUGCGGCACCCGGGCUGCCGGCUGCGGGUGCUCUGGUGA